AUGGGCAAUUCCAUAUGGCUUUUGUUAUACUUCCAGUACUCAAUUAUUGUUUUUUCCAUUGCAAUCUCAGGUUUGGAAUCAACUGAUCAACUAGCACUACUAGACUUCAAAAGCAGAAUAAGUGAGGAUCCACUCCAUGUCAUGGCUUCUUGGAAUGAUCAUUCUUCCCAUUUCUGCAACUGGACAGGUGUAACAUGUAGCCCAUCCAUUGGAAGAGUUACAUUUCUUGAUUUGAGUUCACGAGAACUCGUUGGCACCAUUCCGGCUUCCAUUGGCAAUCUCAGUUUCCUUACAGUUAUUGAUCUUGGAAACAAUAGCUUUCGUGGUGAAAUUCCUCAACGAAUCGGUCUCUUACUGCAGCUGCAACAUCUCAAUCUCAGUUUCAAUUAUUUUAGUGGAAAUAUUCCUGCCAAUUUAACUUACUGCGAGGAACUUAGAGUACUUGAUCUACGAUUUAAUGAUCUUGUUGGGAAACUUGUGGGUCAACUCAGUUCUCUUUCAAAGCUGUAUUUGUUAAAAUUGAAAAGGAACUCUUUCACAGGAGGCAUCCCACGUUGGUUAGGAAACAUUUCAUCUUUAGAGUUCCUUGACAUUUCCAGUAAUAGUCUACAAGGACCAAUACCUCAGGAACUUCGCCGUCUAACGAAUUUGAAAGUAUUUCAUGUGAACUCGAAUAAAUUAACUGGUACAAUCCCUUCAUCGAUUUUCAAUAUUUCUUCCAUCUACUAUUUCUCUGUUACUCAAAAUCUACUGCAUGGACAACUUCCAGCAGAUGUAGGCCUUACUCUUCCAAACCUUGAAGUAUUCGCUGGUGCUGUCAACAGCUUCACCGGACCUAUUCCCGUCUCAUUGGCGAAUGCUUCUAAGCUUACCGUGAUUGAUAUUUCCCAAAAUAAACUUAUUGGAGAUGUGCCAACUAGUUUUGGAAAGUUGAAAACGUUGGUUAGGCUCAACUUUGAGGCGAACAGACCAGGAGGGAGGGGAAGUUAUGAGGGCUUGAAAUUUCUUGAUUUCCUAACCAAUUGUACAAAUCUGAUGGUACUGAGUUUUGCAACCAAUAACUUUAGGGGAGAAGUGCCUUACUCAAUCACUAAUCUUUCAACUGUACUUGAGAUAUUUUCUCUAGGUUACAAUAGGUUACAUGGUACUCUUCCUGCUGGAGUAGGCAACCUUAUUAGUUUGACCCUACUAGGAAUGGACGGAAACUAUCUCAAUGGCAGUGUUCCUGAAGCUAUAGGUAAACUUGAAUAUCUGGAAGUUCUCUAUUUGAAUGAAAAUGCAUUUUCAGGGAAGAUACCAUCCUCUAUUGGUAACUUGACACGGUUAACUAGUCUAUACCUGCAAGAAAAUAGACUAGAAGGAAGCAUACCUCCAGAGUUGGGGAAGUGUAAGAUUUUGUCGACGCUAAACCUUACUAAGAAUAAUCUUGUUGGCUCCAUACCGGAAGAGGUUGCAGGACUAUCUUCGCUUUCAGUUUCCUUAUCAUUGGCAAGUAACUCUUUAACUGGAUCCUUGCCAAAAGAACUUGGUCAGUUGAUAAAUCUCGAGGAAUUGGAUGUUUCACACAACAAAUUUUCUGGUGAGAUUCCAAGCACUCUCAGCAAUUGCCUCCGCUUAGAGCGUGUAAAUAUUAGUAAUAAUCUCUUUCAAGGAAGUAUUCCUCAAUCCUUUACAAAUUUAAAAGGAUUAGUUGAGAUAGAUUUUUCACGGAACAAUUUGUCAGGAAAAGUACCAGAAUUUCUUGGAAAGCUUCCAUAUCUCAGAAAACUGGACCUUUCAUUCAAUGAACUUGAAGGUGGGAUGCCAAAAGAAGGGAUCUUUGAAAGUACAAGCGCAAUUUCAAUCAAAGGAAACAAUAGACUUUGUGGAGGUGCUCCCAGCUUACAGUUGCCUAAAUGCUCCAAAGCUACCAAGCACCUUCAUUCAAGAGUGUCGCUAGCUGUUAUUGUUCCUGUUGCAUUGUCAGUUUUGGUGCUAUGUUCCUGUGCUGCUUAUUACCGCUUCAGCAACUCAAGAAAGGCACACCUUUGGAAUGAUGGGCAGCUAGCACAGAUACCAAGAACUACAUAUCGAGAAAUACUUAAAGCAACAGAUGGUUUCUCUGAGAAUAACUUGCUAGGUACAGGAAGUUUUGGUUCAGUAUACAAAGCGCAUUUCCAUGGUGACGAUACAAUAAUGGCAGUCAAAGUGUUGAACCUACAACAAAGAGGGGCCUUGAGGAGCUUCCUAGAUGAAUGCAGAGCUUUGAGAAAUAUAAGACAUCGUAAUCUUCUCAGAAUAAAGACAGCUUGUUCGAGCAUUGAUCGCCAAGGUAAUGACUUCAAAUGCCUAGUUUUUGAGUUCAUGUCUAAUGGCAACCUACACGAUUGGUUGCAUCCAGAAAAUGAUGAUCAGCACCACCAAACCAAGAAGCUGACCUUUAUCCAAAGGCUAAACAUUGUCGUAGAUGUUGCAUCCGCAAUUGACUAUCUCCACAACCACUGCCCAACACCAAUAGUUCAUUGUGAUCUAAAGCCAAGCAACAUACUCCUCGAUGAAGAUAUGUCUGCCCAUGUUGGUGACUUUGGACUAGCAACAUUUCUCCUUGACACAUCGAGCAAUUCUUGGAGUCAUCAGAUUUCCGCAGCACUAAAGGGUUCUAUAGGUUACAUCCCAACAGAGUACGGAUCAGGCGGCCAAGCAUCAGCACUUGGAGAUGUUUACAGCUUUGGAAUAGUGUUGCUGGAAGUGUUCAUCUGCAGAAGACCAACUGACGCGAUGUUUAACGAGUGUCUAAAUCUUCACAAGUAUGUUUCAAUGGCUUUGCCUGAAAAUGUCAUGGAGAUUGCAGACCCUGUAAUGCUCUUGGCAGAGGAAGAACAAAACAUCAAUCAAGAUCAAGCACGAAGAAUAGAAGAAUGUCUGGUGUCGGUUUUGGAAAUCGGGCUUGCAUGUUCUGCAUCAUCACCUAGAGAUAGAGUGCCAAUAGACACUGUUUUGAGCAAACUUCAAGCAAUCAAGGAGUCCUUCCUUUCAAGGAGAUGAUAAUAUGAACAAGAUACAAGUAAGUGACGGACUAAUAACUGUAUAAUUUUUCACGUUUCCUAUAUCAAAGCUUUGCUCCGAAUAAGAGAAUGCUACAGUGUGAACUAGUAGUAUGCCCAGAAUUAGAAUAGGGCAAAAUUACAGGCCAAUACCUUUGGUUGAUCUAGUUUACAAAAUAGCCAGCAAACGUAUAGGUUUAGUAUAUUUAUUACUUAAAUA